AUGACAUACUUGAAUCAUUUUCGAGUAAUCAGUGCCAGAUUGGCUUUGAUUGCAGUUUGCUUCAAGUUAUCAACUGCCACCUUCCCCAAAUCCACACUUGAUUCUUUAUCAGAACUAUCGCAGCUAGAAAGCACCAGUUGCAAAGCCGAAGGCUCGCAACCGCCAGGGAUAGCCCACCUGACUCGGAUUGCGGAAAACACCUCUAGUGCCACUGGCGACAUGAUACCUAAAACCGAGCCAAUGUGCUUCGAAUCUUUGAAUCAAAAUUUUGAUCCGGUGGUUAUAAAAUCGGAAUUUCCCGUGAUUCAUGGCCACUUGCAUCCAUCCCGGCCUGUUGGAAAGCUUCCUAGGCAGGCGGCUCUCUCAUCCUCAGAAGAGCGCACAAUAGCCCAUCGGGUUGUUGUAAAGUUGGAACUUCCUCAGUCUGAUCUAGUCAGGACCGAUUCAUCAAUGAUUCAUGGUCAUUCUGGUGCUCCGGUUGUAAAAUCUGAAUUUCCCGCAAUUCAUGGCCAUCCAGAUCCGUCCCUCGCUGAAAAGCUUCUUGGGCACACAGUUCCCUCGUUCUCAGAAAAUUACCCAAUAGUCAAUCGGGUUGCAGGUGUAAAAUCGGAAUUUCCCCAGUCCGAUCUGCUCCCGACCGAUUCAUCCGCGAUUCAUGAUUAUCCUGGUCCCCCGGUCAUAAAAUUGGAAGUUCCCCUUAUUCAUGGCCAUUCAGAUCCAUCCUCCGCUGAAAAGCUUCUUGGGCAGAUGGUUCCCUCGUCCUCAGACAAGCGCCAGAUAGCCAGCAAUCGGGUGGUUGUAAAAUCGGAACUUCCUCAGUCCGAUUCCUUAGUGAUUGAUGGUCAUUCUGGCACGCACGAACCUGGAAAUCUGUUCGGACAGGUUGUCUCACUCACAAGCCAAAAACAUUACCCGGAAGUGAAGUUGGAAAGUCCCCAGCAGGUUGAUCCCAACCAGACACAGUCGCCAGUGAUUGAUGACCAGCCCCUUGCACAAGAUACUGUGCAGCAAACUCCCUUCCACUCAAACCAAUCUCCUAGACCUGUUCCAGCUGCAUACUCGGGACCUUCCCGUGCCAAUGCUGUUGGUGCAAACUUCAUCCCUAGUGAUGCGGCUGUCUUGUUCGCAAACAAGCACUUGGUAGAACCUCGGGAUGUGAAGAUGGAAUAUCUUGAGUUUGAUGAAACCCCAAGACAGACUGAGUUGCCAAAGAUUGAAGGUUAUUACAAUCCACAAAAUGAUGUGAAGGUCUUUGAGCCGAAAACUUCCUCUCGCUCAAAGAAACGCCCCGGACCUUCUCAGGAUGCAGCGCCAUUAGGACCCUCUUGUAGCAAUGCUAUCGUAAAUUAUACUCCUGGUGAUGUACCGGCCAACAAAAUUCUCAUCAAUGAGGGAUUUGCCCCACACAAAACUAAAAAAUCCAGAACCUUAUCAGAAAUUUUUGCUAAAUUAGAUUCAAUUUCACAGCACGAGGAGAAAAUCCCUGACAAGUUUAGAUUUCGCUCAAAGAAACCCCUCAUAGUUUAUUCACGUUGCAAUUCAAAAAAACUUCAUCUUGGUUCAACUAAGACCCAGUUGCCAGUGGUUGGCAGUCAUGACAACGUACAAGAUACCAGAAACAGCAUCCUUCAGGGAAAUUCUUUCAUAUCAAACAAAAAUGACGGGGCUGAUCAGUCCAAAGAAGUGGUAGAUACCUUUGCAAAAGCUGUCAUAUCUCCUCCACCUACACAUUCACCAAUCAUUGAUCAAAAUUUCAACACAAAAGCCACUGGAGAGAAUAUUGCUCAGGAAGCUGGCUUACCCUUAAGCAAUAAACCUAUGUCUGAUAAAGCUUUGGAAUUAGAGCCUUCUCCUGAGCCUCAAAACAAUGUGGAAGAUACCAGAAAAAGCAUCCCUCAGGGAAAUUCUCCCAUCUCAAACAAAAAUGACGGGGCUGAUCAGUCCAAAGAAUUGGAAGACAUCUUUGAAAAAGCUGUCAUAUCUCCUCCACCUACCCAUUCACCAAUCAUUGAUCAAAAUUUCAACACUCAAGCCACUGGAGGGAAUAUUGGUCAGGAAGCUGGCUUACCCUUAAGCAAUAAACCUAUGUCUGAUAAAGCUUUAGAAUUGGAGCCUUCUCCUGAAACUCAUGCCCCUCAUAUUCAUAACAAUGUUAAAGGUUUAAAUGGACCUGGCAAAUACACACCCCCCCACAAUCUCAUCACCAGCGAGAUAUCCUCCCCAAUUUUUAGAAGACUCAGAGCAGAUCCGAUUGUGAGGAAUGCACUCUCCCGUAUUGGUAUACACCAAUCACACCUGAGGAAAACAGAUAGCACAGUUGAUCAGACUGAACAGCCAGGACAUGCUUGUAUAAAGCCUAUCACCAAUUCUGAACAUAUCAAUUCACAAGUGGUUAAUAGAAAUCCCAAUGCACCAAAAACCAAAGGAGGUAAUGAUGAAAAAUCUAAUUCAAUCCCAAUCAAUCAUCCUGAUGGUCAGACUCAAACUACUGAGAUUUUCCAUGAGAAAAUUGCACCAGUUUUCAAGUUAAAGCAACCAUCAAAAAUUUUACAUUUUGAAAUUGUUGCAUUGCCUCAACAAACCACUACCCAGCCUGGGCCACAGAGCAAAGAAAAACAACCUCUCCAAAGUAUUGGAUCUCAAGCAAAAUUUGAAAUCAGGUGGAGAUACAGCAGUGACAAUCAGAUAUCAUCCCCUGGAUUCUUUCACAAUUUUGGAGCAUCAAAGUUUGAACAUCUGGAGGAAGAAAUGAAUGGUUUAUCCUCAUCUGAAGUGCACCCAGCAGAUGACCUGACCAGGCAGAACUGGAGAAACAAUUUGAAAAAUCUUUGGGUAGUCCAUAAUUACUAUCAAAGGCUAGAUUCAUUUCAUGGAAUAGACACUCUCAAGCUUGGAGCAAAGAUUGACAAUGCUAAUGAGAGCUUAAUACAAUGGUUCUGGGCUUUUUUGUUCAAGCAAACUCCAGAUACUUUGCCCCUUUUUGGUACAUGUAUGAUUAAAGAACCAUCUUCUGAUCAAGAAGCAUCCAAGUUGUUCAAUGAUGACCAAAAGCUACUAGUCAAGCUACUUAACUAUGAUGAAACAGAAAUUGAUAGCAUGAAAGAUCUUGCUAUGUCACUUUUAGAAUACUGGUACACAAUAACUGCUUCAAAAAUUCAGCAAUUUCAAACACAGGCCCAAGCAGAAUAA